AUGAAAUGUGAUUUUUGUGAAGAGACUACUCCUUUAAUUGGUAAUAAUGUAUAUGUUAUAAAGGUAGAAAUCAUGCGACAUUCUUUGUUCUUGAAAUACUCUCAAUCAUAGAAUUACCAUUACACUAAGGGCAUCACAGAGAUCUUACAUAAUUACCGUACAGCAAACAAUAUACUUUACAAGGAUGUGAUCAUGUAUGACACACCUGAAGAAUUAUUAUGUAAAAUAUAUAAAUGUGACAUAAUGUAUGAAAAAUUGCAAAUGUUGGGUGAGUAUUAUAAAGUACUGUUUUCAUUGUUAUUCAAUAGUUCCAUAAUGAUAUCCCUCGUUUAUUCAUGUUACCAGCCAUAAUUCCUUUGAAUUAUUACCAUGAUAAGAAGAGAAGAUUGGAAUACUUUCGGAUUGCCAAGUUGAUAGCUCAAGAGAACAAGAAUAAUCCAGACAAACCACCCAAAGGAAUAGUAGGAGAUUCACCAAUGCCGUAAUCCAGCCAAUAAGUCACUGCUUAAGAUCCAAGCUCCUCAGACGAAGUAAGACAGAACACCCUGAACUUAGCCGAUGUCUAAAUGUGAGAAGAUCCUUGAUGGUAUCAGCAUCAUUGAGCCCAAACCACAAUUCGUGAACUUCAAGUAAUAGCUCCAGCAAUAUAAACUUAUGUAAUCUACCAAUCCGAAUUUUAAAUACGAAAACUACAAACCACCUCUUAAAGAAUAAUAGAUUUAAUAAAAGAAACCACUUCUAUAACAUCGCAAAUCAAGUAUAACAAGUAUACUUAAUAUGCUCAAGACAUCUAUUCCAAAAGUAGUUGCAAAAAAGAAAAAUCAAUCAUAAAAAUCUGAUUAAUUGCAUAUUGUAAUCUAUUUCAGUCUUUUAAUUUAGACUCCUCGUGAAGUUGAAUUUAAAUCUCCAAAUAAUCAUACAUUGUUGUUACCAAAUCAAUAAAGAAUUGCUACUCUUCUUAAAUCACCUAAAUGUAUUACUCCAAGAGCUCCUUAACAAAGUCCACAUCAUCCAAAAAAAGUGUAAUAAUUAGAAUUAAAAGUCAUGUCUGAUUUGUAGACACUUUUAGCGAAAAAAUUAAUUAGAGAUUCUAAACAGUGUUGUACUGUUCAUUAUGAUAGUCUAUCUCUAGCUUAAGAUCCUCGUAGUCUUACUUAGAGAUAUGAAAUAACAAAUCGUCUUAAGGGAUAAUCAUCAAGAAAAAAAUUGAAUAUUAAAGAAUUGAAUUAAUUUAGAAGAGUAAAAAUUCAAGAGCCUCUAUCUAAUAGAGAACCAAACAGAAAAAUCAAUAUAAAAUCAAAAUCAAAUGAUAAACCAUUAUAAAUUAAUACAAGUGGAGAAUAAAAACUUGUAUAUUAUUAAUAAACUCAUUCUGCAAGAUAAGUGACUAAUUCACAAUAAUCAACAAUGUUAAAAUAGAGUAGUGGAUAAUCAUCUUCUUAAUAAAUGCAUCAUCAAAAAUCAGCUACGACAAAAGCAAUAGGAAAAUCUAUGAAGUAGACAAACACUUUCGAUUCUCAACUGUAUAAGGUAGCACUUAAUUUGGCAGUCAAAUCAGUUAGGAGUAGAAAAUAAUGA